AUGAACAAUGUAUUUUGUAAACACCAUCCAGAUAAUCAAAUUAUAUUUAUAAUUUGGAAUUCAACAACACUUAAGCUUGCUUGUGAUGAAUGCAUGGGAACAAAUUUAAUUGAAGGAAAUGCUCAAGAAGAAAAAUGGAAAAAAUUGGCUAUAAGAAAGGCUCUAAAAGAACCUGAUUAUUUCUUAUCUUAAUUUAAGUUAAAUCAAAAAAAUAAAGUGAUAAUGCUUGCCCUUGAAAAAUAUCCUCAUGUUUAGCUUUUGGAGGUUGUUGAUAAAAUAGAGUAAUAAAUUAAAUAAAUUCAAAUAAUAUUAGAUAAAAUUGUAGAUCAAUUAAAGGAAGAAGCUACAAAUAUAAGAAAUAACAAAGAAGCACUUAGAAAAUAGUUUGAGAAUGUAUUAUUAUUUUAAUUAAAAAGAUCACACAUUAUUCUCAGUUAAAGGAAUUAAUUGAGGGGCUAAAUAAUUCUUAUUAAAAAAUAACAUAUGACAUUUUUAAUCAAGUAGAAGCCAACUUAGAAAAAAUAUUUAUAGAUCUUGAAAAAGAUUCAACUUGCCUAAAUUAAGAAAUAGAAAAAUAUUCAGCAAAAUCAGUUAUAAAUCGAAAUGAAUUUUAUUCUGGAAUAGAAUCAUUAAAAUGCCAAAUAAAAUAAUUAUAAUCUGAAUUACAAUUACCUCAAUUUAGAUCAUAAUAUAUUGUACCUCAUGA